AUGGCUUCGUCCAGCUCCUCCAGCACCUCAGGCGGCCCCAUCGCCAGAGGAUCUCGAAGGAGGAGGCUCGUUCUGAAGCUGAGCCAGAAGGACACCCUGCAAGCGCUCUUUCAACAGAACCCCUACCCUGGGAUAGCGACCAGAGAACGACUGGCCCGAGAGCUUGGCAUUGCCGAAAGCAGAGUUCAGGUCUGGUUUCAGAACCAACGAAGAAGACGGUUAAAGCAGAGCCGAUCGCCGUCUGCAAAUAUGCGCCAAGACGGGGAAGGGGCGCCAGGAGAGGCCAGGAGAAAGAGGACAGCCAUCUCUCCUUCUCAAACAAGGAUCCUUGUGCAAGCCUUCACGAGGGAUCGCUUUCCAGGGAUUGCCGCCAGGGAAGAACUGGCUCGUCAGACGGGAAUCCCAGAACCUCGAAUCCAGAUAUGGUUUCAAAACCGAAGAGCUCGGCACCCCCAGCAGAGCGCAAGGGGGCCUGGCAAUGUCCGGGCCCGAGGACCAGGCGGCGCAUCGGCCACGACCGCUCCUGCUCCAGAGGACCGAAGGGCCCCACCCGCUGUCCACAGCACCUCUCCUCCCCUUGGCCCCUCUCAGACACAGGAGAGCAUGCCACCCUUGGCUGCAGCCGCUCCUUUGGGCGCCCCCACCUUCUGGGUGCCCGGGACUGCCUCUGGGGUCUGUGUGGGCCAGCCGUUGAUGUUCUUCGUGAUCCAGCCCAGCCCGAUGGCUCUCCAGCCAAGUGAGAAGCCACCACCUCCUCCCCAGGUAGCAGUGCCCUGGGCCGCGUGCUCCCCUGCUGACACGGCCCCUUGGCAGCCUGGGCCAGGGGCCAUCCUGCCGCCUCUACAGCCUGAGACACACAUCAGGCGGAGGCCAGAGUCACCCGUUGGUGAAGGCACGGCCCCUCUGCUAGAGCCACAGCCCCAUCCGCCCAGCCUUCCAAGAUCGACAAGCCUCCUAGAUGAGCUCUUGGCGGCCACCGGCAUCCUGGAAACGCAGGCGCCUUCCGCGGGGGACGCUGCAGAUGCACGAGACACGCCCUGGUCUUCACCGCGGGCCGCUGCGGACGAAGAAGGAGUUGAGGCAAUCCUGGAGGCACCCCUCAGAGAGGAGGAUUACCAGGCACUCCUGGACAUGCUGCCAGGCUCCCCAGGCCCUCGGGCUUAG